AUGGGUUUUUCUCUAGGAGUCGUGAUUGGAGCGGUUGGAGUCUUGAUUCUCUCCCAUGCCGCUUAUGCAACCAGUCAGUAUAGGGGUUUGUUGAAGAUUACAGAGGAUGAUUUUUCUGGGCCUCCUUUCAAUGUGGUGGUAGAGUUGAUUGUGGGGCUGGUUUUGUGUAUGUGGGCAGCAUUAGCUGUGCCUGGCGACUUCCUCUCUAUUCAUCCUCAUUCUGAUGAGAAUAGGAUCGUUUCGUUGCCAGACAACCUGGAUUUCAUGAUCUUCAACCACCGUGGAAAAGUAUUCGUUCCAGAAAUCAACAUGAGAUUGAAACGUUAA